CGCGGUUCGUGCAAAAAAACGUGUGCAAAAUAGCGUCUACCGUACAUGUAACAUGGCGUUAAUUGAUGCCAAAAUGUCUGGAUAUUUCCAGCAAUAUGUCGUCCCUCUGGCUGGGCUGUUCAUUGUUUUGAGAAUUCUGCAUUCUAUUUACUUGAAGCUCCAUCCGAUUGUCUUUGCUAUGAUAUGUCCGAUAGUGUCGAAAAGGCAUCACGGUGACAUCAAAGAACAGAAGGAAAAACUAUUUUCUGAACUCUUGAACUCCCGCCCCUAUCGCGACGACAGCAACCAGCGAUUUCUGGCUUUGGAGAUCGGGUGCGGCACCGGGCAGAACUUCGCCUUCUAUCCCCCCAAUACCAGUCUUGCUGUCGUCGAGCCGAAUUCCAGAUUCGAGACGAGUGUGACGAAGAAUGCUGCGAAAUACCCAUCGCUGGAAAUUACAAAGUUUUUGAGUAUGGGGGCUGAGGAUCUGAGAGGACAUGUUGAGGACUCUAGUUUGGAUGCAGUUGUUAGUACUCUCACAAUGUGUUCUGUGAAAGACAUCGAAGCUGUGCUUAGCGAGGUCUAUCGGAUUCUGAAACCGGGAGGACGUUUCUUCUUCAUUGAGCACACGGAGACACACACCAAGAACAGCUGGACCCAUCUCUUCCAGAGGAUCCUGGCCCCUCUUUUCUACUCCUUGGCUGGAUGUCAUAUCAACAAUACCUUCUGUGGUACUCUUGACCGGGCUGGCUUCGGUAAGGUGCAAUAUACCAAGAUGGAUGUACGCAAGUGUCCGCGUCUUUUUCGAUCCCACGUGUUCGGAUGUGCUACGAAGUAGUUGCCAGAUACCUUUCCAACAUCCUGGUAAUUAUUAUUGAGGAUAUGUCGGGGGGGGGGACACUUAGCUGUUCAUUUUUUCUGUUCCCAAGUUUUGAUUUGUUCUUAACCCAAUUGCAAUUGAAGGGCUACUUUACUGGAGGGGGCCCAGGGGGGGGGGCUAUUAAUAUGGGUCAUUUGCUGCAUUCAAUAUAUUGGUAGUAUGCAGGUAAGCUUGCAGUCUUGUGGAUAGAUCCCCCUUUUCAUUGUUCUUCUUUGCUUUCAAAGUUUAAAGUUGAUGAAUUAAAAAGGAAUGGGAACCAGUAUCCUUUGGGCUACUCCUGGGCCCUGGCCACCAGACGAUGGGUCUUUCAAUUUUGUAUGUAUUUGGGGUUUUUUGCCAGAAACAAAAUAGGUAAAUAAAUAAGUACAUUAGACCAGUGCCUUCUUCAAUCUGAGAUUUGAUUAUCAAAUCAUGACACUUUUAAUCUGAAUUGAGGCACUGAUGAAACCUCUCUGUCCGUAGA